AUGGGUGCAUUCCUCUCGGUCCCGUUAUUGUCUUUCAUCCUGCUCCCGACCAUGUCCUCCUACGCCACCACCCUCAAUAUCCUCUUCUUCUACAUGACAUGGAGUACCCUUGUUUGGUCGCAUCCACCACUUCGAGUCGAAAUCUUAAGCACGGGUGCAUUUCGAAUGUUCUUCUUCGUGCUACCCUCAAUACUCUUCUUCCUGUUUGACGUGCUGACUCCUUCUGCCGCUGUCAUCGUCAAAGCGCAUGGCGAAGCUGGGCUUCCUGGAGGUCGCAAGCGCUUCAAGCUCCGAUUGAAGGAAUUCAAAAUUGCAGGAUGGUCGAUUUUCAACGUAUGCUUGGCUUUGGUCAUGCAGGCCGCCGUGGAGUGGUUCUUGACCCGCUUCCUGCGCGUGCGCAGCGCGAUUCGGGUAUCAACUCGGAUCCCUUCCCCGUGGACAAUUAUGCAGGAUAUAUUUCUCGGUCUUCUUUUCCGAGAGGCUCUCACUUAUCUUGUGCAUCGCUAUGCACUUCAUCACCCGAGGUCACCCCUCACCAAGCUGCACUGGGCAUGGUACCAUGAGCUGAGCCUACCUUUCCCACUUACGGCCCAGUACGAUCAUCCCCUGGUCUACUUGGUGCACAAAUUUCUACCCAUUUAUCUUCCUGCCAUGUUCUUCCGAUUUCACAUGCUCACGUAUCUCGCGUUCAUCGCGGCCAUUUCCGUCGAGGAGACCUUCUCGUACUCUGGAUACACGUUCAUGCCUACCAACUUCUUUCUCGGUGGGAUUGCUCGUCGCAAGGAGAUCCAUUUACUCGAGGCCGGAGAAGGAAACUUUGGUCCGUGGGGGAUCCUCGAUUGGAUCUGGGGGACGACCAUCGGCGAGACUGAUAUCGAGGAAGAUGUUCAAAAUGAGAUCCGAGAUGCACAGCUGGGACUCAGAGUCCGAGAGGCAAUGGAGGCUAACAAUCGCAAGGUUCAUGUGGAUACUUUACGCCGCAAUGGCACCGGUCGGAGGAGAUAG